AAAGGGUCACAGAUUUGUUUCGAACUUUGACGUUACUGAACACAGGUGUUUCCAAAGGUCUCUGACAUUGUUGAUGGCCUCAGAGCUGAUUGAUUUGACCAGACUGGAACUGAUAGGAUUAUUGAUCACAUUGAUCAGGUACCUCUAACCCACCAAACAUUAUCGGAGGUCGGAGUUCACACCCUGCUGGAAGUUUCUGGAUUAUACUUUUUUUGGGGGGGGUAGACUGCUGAUUGGUUAAAGAACGUGUUUGGAGCCUGCUGGUUGAGUGUCUCAAAAUAUCCACCCCAGAACUGAUGCACGAACACGAGGCAAGGGCGACUGGAGGCCACUCCCACCUUGAGGUCUCUGUGACAAUGGAGUCCCCGCCGCCGCCACCUCCUCACAUCGUCCCCAACGGCAACCCUCGCGGCAACCCGUCCUCAUCAACAAUAACGGACCACAUCCCUAACACCAAGCAUAACCAGGACGACCGGCGGACUAGCGGAGCUAGCGGCAAAUCCAGCCGACUGAUCCGGUCGCUUAGCAACGGUCUCCGGAAACACAGUGACUACGUCAAGAUUUCGGUACCGGAAGGCCGUAGCAACCGGUUGCCGCGGGAAUGGUGGAAAACAGGGGUGGCGUUUGUGUACGCUUUAUUCAACCUCAUCCUGACCACCGUCAUCAUCACCGUCGUACAUGAACGGGUACCGGAUAAAUCGGUCAGUCCCCCGUUACCGGAUAAGUUCUUUGACUAUGUGGACCGUGUACCGUGGGCGUUUACGGUAACAGAAGUCAACGGGAUGGUGUUGGUGGGACUCUGGUUCAUACAGUGGCUCUUCCUCAAACACAAGUCCAUCAUUGGUCGAAGGUGUUUCUUCAUGAUUGGAACGUUGUACAUGUACCGUUGUAUCACCAUGUAUAUCACCACGCUGCCUGUACCUGGCAAACACUUCACCUGCGCUCCCAAGCUUUAUGGUGACUCUGAAGGAAUGGUGUGGCGUAUCCUGGGUCUGAUUAGUGGAGGAGGCCUGUCAAUCACCGGGGGGCAUCUCAUGUGUGGAGACUUCCUCUACAGUGGACACACUGUAACCCUCACACUGGCAUACCUGUUUAUCCAAGAGUACUCCCCCAAGAAGAUGUGGUGGUACGUGUGGUUGUGCUGGUUGCUAAGUGCUGUGGGUGUGGUCUGUAUCCUGAUUGGUCAUGAGCAUUACAGCAUUGAUGUUGUCUUCGCCUACUUUAUUACAUCACGCCUCUUCUGGUGGUAUCACACCAUGGCCAACACACAGGCUCUGCGCGGGGCUUCCAACAACUACCUGUCAAGGACCUGGUGGAAUCCCGUGUUUCACUUCCUGGAGCGUAACGUCAUGGCAACCGUUCCCUGUGUGUUCUCCUGGCCCGUCUCUCUGCCCUCUGCAUGGUGUAACAUUAACCCCUGCGAGAGAUACUCCAUGGUAGAGGGGGAUGGGAACAGAGACGAGUAGAGGGGGGAGAGGCCUGUCUCUGUCCUCCUUGUGGUAACAACAACUCCAUGGUAGAGGGGGAUGGGACCAGAGACCCAGACCGAGAGACCCAUCUUUCCAUCCCUCCCUCCUCUGAUGGGAACAGAGACCAGUGAUCCAUCUUUCUAUCCAUCCCUCCUCUGAUGGGAACAGAGACCAGUGAUCCAUCUUUCUAUCCCUCCCUCCUCUGAUGGGAACAGAGACCAGUGACCCAUCUUUCCAUCCCUCCCUCCCUCUGUUCACGGAUCACAGGCUGUAGUCUGUAAUGAAAGAAACCUUCCUGAAGGUCAUCACUACCCCUGGAGUUCUUCAGCACGGACGCUACAGGCUAACACACCUACGUAGGGGAUAGGGGUGCACUACGUAGGGGAUAGGGGUGCACUGCGUAGGGGAUAGGGGUGCACUGCGUAGGGGAUAGGGGUGC